AUGGCGCUCACCACCUCCAAACGCCUCCACUUAUCAGCGGCGGUCAUACUAACAUACGCCGUAUGUGUACUCUCCCUAAAGGGUUGCCCCAGUUGCGGAUCCACCCCAGUUCCCUAUCCUCUUAGCACCGCUCCAGACUGCGGUGACCAGUCGUAUAAAAUCCGGUGCAACGCCACCUCCCUUUUCUUCGACUCCCUCAAUAACACUUACCCAAUCACUUCCAUUUCCCCCUCCAAUCAACGCCUCACCAUUGAACCCUCACCUUUCCUCGCGAACACCUGCAUCACAACCUCCCACGGCUUCCAACUCAACUCCUCCGCCCCAUUCAACAUCACCAGCAGUAACACCGUCUUCUACCUCAACUGCUCCACCCAGGUCUUGAUGUUCCCCUUAAACUGCACCUCCAACAGCCUCUGUCACGUGUACAUCAACGGCACGGCCGGGAGUGGCUGCGUAGAUACGCAGGCAUGUUGUGCGUUGCAGACGGGGGACUCGGUGACUAAGUACAAGUUAGGGUUCAAUGGGGAUGUUUGCUCGGCGUACCGGAGCUUCGUGAAUUUGGAUUACAGUUUACCGGUGAGCAGAUGGCCGGCGCCUGGAGUGGAGUUGGAGUGGCUUUUGCCCAGAGAGCCCACUUGUGAGGAACUAGGCGAUUGCGAUUCGGGAUCCACUUGUAGUCCCGAUCCGAACUCGAAUGGUUUGAUCAAAAGAUGCUUUUGCAACUCCGGGUUGCAAUGGGACUCGGUUGUUGGACAGUGUAUUGAAGUGCCAGAUGGCCGUGAUAAAGUUCGAAUCGCCCUUAUAACAGGUUUAACUACAGGCCUUGGUGUAGCACUCUUAGCAGCACUAAUUGGAUUUUUAUUCUACAUGCGGCACCAGCGCAUCAACAAAGAGCAAGAACGACUUACUCGAGAACGUGAAGAAAUCCUUAAUGCUGGUGAAAAGCAGGGAUUUCUCUCUUGGCUUCGCCGACUCAGCAUUGCCCAUGAAACUGCUGAGGGUCUAUCUUAUCUUCACUUCGAUGCAGUUCCCCGAAUCUAUCACCUGGACGUGAAAUCUAGCAACAUCUUGCUCGACUCUAAUCUGAAUGCAAAGGUUUCGGAUUUCGGAUUAUCUCGAUUGGUCCACACAGACUUGAGUCACAUAUCGACCUGCGCUCAGGGUACAAUUGGAUACCUUGAUCCCGAGUACUUUAGAAAUUUCCAGUUGACAAAUAAGAGCGACGUCUAUAGCUUCGGGGUAGUUUUAUUGGAGCUAUUGACAUCUCAAAAAGUUGUUGAUGUCAAUAGAGAGGAGGAUGACGUGAGCUUGGUUGCUUAUGUGCAGAGAUUGGUGAAGGAGGAGAGGAUAAUGGACGUGGUUGAUCCAAUGUUGACUAGGGAAGGAGUUAGCAACAUGGGGUUUCAGAGCAUGAAGGCUUUGGGGUUUCUGGCUAUACGAUGCUUGAACGAACACAGACAAAACAGGCCUUCUAUGAAGGAGGUUGCUGAGGAGAUUGAAUACAUUAUUAGUAUUGCAACAGCUGAUGUCGCUGAGUAG